UCAAUGACAAAUAGUAUUACGAGGAUGAUCAAGGUAAACAUUGCAAAAUGUAAUAAAAAUUGCAUUCAUAACCAUUGGCUAGUCGAAUCUGGAGCAUUAUCCCUGAGUAUGCGCUCAAUAAAUAUUUACUACUGACAGAUGUAAACUACAUUAUACUCUUCUACACAAACUAUCGACCGAAAAGUACAUUAUGGCUUCCUCGGAUGACACGAAAGUUGCAGAUUUGUAUAAAAAUCCUGUAGUAAAAUUACCUCAUAUCAACGAACUAAAAGAAAUAGAUGCAGAAUUAAGAUUGAAGUCAUCAGACGAGGAAAUAGAUUUUGUACACGAGCAUUUGAAGGAUGUGAUCAAGGCUUACCAGAGGGUAAAUGAGCUAAUUGAACCACAACUUCCUGUAAAAUAUCCCCGAACCCCCGGAUUUAAAUCAGAUGACGAUGCCUGGUAUUGGAAAUGUGAGGUUAAAGGAACGUCGACAGGUAAACUGGCAGGUAAGAUGAUUGGCAUCAAAGACAAUGUAGCUGUUGCUGGAGUACCAAUGAUGAAUGGAUCUAAAAUACUAGAGGGAUACACACCGGAGUUUGACGCAACCAUCAUCACCAGAAUACUUGAUGAAGGUGGAAUUAUUGCUGGAAAAACCGUCUGUGAAGAUAUGUGUUUCAGUGGUAAUAGUUGGACAUCUUCCUCUGGACCAGUUAAAAAUCCUUUUAACAACAGACUUUCCGCUGGUGGGUCUAGUUCCGGUAGUGCUGCUCUGUUAGCUAGAAAAGAAAUUGAUUUGGCUAUUGGGGGAGAUCAAGGAGGAUCCAUUCGAAUUCCAUCCAGUUGGUGUGGAACUGUUGGAUUGAAACCUACUUUUGGGUUAGUGCCGUAUACAGGAAUAGCAUCAAUAGAAACAACAAUCGAUCAUACUGGACCAAUGGCAAGAACAGUCAAAGACUGCGCUUUACUUUUGGAGGUGAUAGCUGGUUAUGAUGAAGGUCGUGACCCAAGACAGAUACCGAACAUAGAAAUUCCGACUUAUUCUCAAAUGGUAGAUGAUGGAGUCAAAGGCUUAAAAAUUGGUUUAGUAAAAGAAGGUUUCUCAUUCAAACAAAUGGAAGAAGAUGUAGCCAAGCUAGUAAGGGAAUCUGCAAUCAAACUGACCGGGGCUGGUGCUACUGUAGAGGAUACAUCCAUACCAAUGCACGAUGAUGGUUUAGCAAUUUGGACACCAGCAACCUUUGAAGGAACAUACAAGUGUAUGGUGCAAGGAAAUGGUGCUGGCUAUCACUGGAAGGGACAUUAUCCUACUUCUAUGCAGGAAGCGCAUGCUCGGGGAUUUGCCACAAGGCCACAUGACAUGUCAUUUGCCCUCAAGCUGGUUGUUAUAAUAGCUGAGUAUAUCAGCAAAAAUUACCAGAAUAAAUUUUAUGCCAAAAGUUUGAAUCUCACAAACGUACUCACGAUGGCAUACGAUGAAGCUCUGAAAAAAUACGAUGUAUUGAUUAUGCCAACAUUGCCAAUGAAACCACUUCCACUACCAACUGAAAAAGAUGAUUUGCACGAAAUAAUCCGUCUUACAUUUGAUAUGAUCAAGAAUACAGCACCAUUUGACUCAACUGGACACCCUGCUUUGUCAAUAAAUGCCGGAUUUUCCGAAGGACUUCCAGUUGGAAUGAUGAUUAUUGGGAGGAAAUUUGAUGAAGCAACUGUUUUGAAAGUGGCAAGGGCAUUCGAGAAAAUAAGGGACGGAAAAUAAACGAGACAAACACUAUUAAGCAAUUAGUUUUCUCAUUACAUUUUAUUCUUCAUUUAUGACAAAUAUUACACAUUCUAUAAAUAUUUAUGACAUAAAUAUUUGAUAUUGCUAUAUUCAGUUACCUGCUUUAAUACAAGAAAAUAUAUAUUUUUUAUUUUGUCAUACAAUGAAUACGAUACACGCAAUGAGUGUGAAUACACAUUGCUACAGAGUAAACGCGUGAUCUCUGUACAUAACUAGCUAUUGUCUUUUCAUAUUAAUCAGUAGCAUUUAUCUAUAUUUUGAUAUAUUUGAAAUAAUGUUUCUAGUCUAUAAAUAAAAUAAUAAAAAAAACUAAAAUAUU